AUGCGUGUGAAGAAUAUUGGAAAUACCCAGAAAGUUAUCGAGAAAGAUGUCACAUUUUUCUUCUGUAAAGACUCUCCUCCUCCCUGGUUCGAUGGCAGUAUUUCAGGAGAUUUUGGAUUCGACCCACUUGGAUUAGGUAAGCGUGCAUUUUUUGCACAAGCUGAGCUAACACACAGCAGAUGGGCAAUGCUUGCUGUGUCUGGAAUUCUGAUUCUAGAAUGGCUAGAAAGUCUGGGGUUUAUUGAGAAGUUCUCUUGGUACGAUGCAGGAGCACAAGAAUACUUCGCAGAUUCCACAACUCUGUUUGUGGUGCAAUUGGGGCUAAUGGGUUGGGUUGAAGGACGGAGAUGGGCAGACAUAAUAAAACCAGGGUGCGUGGAUAUAGAACCGAGUUUUCCACAUAAGAAUCUUUCAGCUCAUAUUGUUGAUCCAGGACACUACAAUGUCUUCUCGGUACUGCAACUUUCAUGCUUCGAUCAUAUUCUUAAUUUUCCAGAUUGA